AUGGAGGACCGUUCAUCCACCCACACCUUUCCCAAUCAUCGCCACCGGCCAUCCUUUCACCUCACCCUGCCCAGCGUUCAGGGCCCUGAAGUGGGAUACCCAUCCUCCCAGCAUGCCCUAGACACCAUGAAGCAGUAUGGAAGUAGAGGGGAAGAAUCCAUAAACUCCUUUGCAACUUCAAGCACCUCUUCUGGGGGAAGGAGGGGGAGCAGUGCCGGCGACAGAGGCUUCCUAAACACGAGUGGAAGCGGUUUGGAUGGAGAUGGUAACCUAGGAGGCCAUCUUGACAGAGAAAGUGCUUUAGGCGACCAUUUUGCUGACACGUGGUAUGGCAGUAGCAAAAAAGAGGACGUUUGGGAUGAUGGGGAGAGUUGUGAAAGCACUGCAGACAGUUUUUAUAGUAAAGGUGGUUGCUACAGUAAUGCAAAUGAUGUUUUAUACACCAGGGAUUGUGGCAAUGAGGAUGGGGUGACUCGUAGAGUCAGAGCAAACUACAACAGUUAUUUACACGUUAGCUGUGAAGCCAAAGCUGAUACGGUUUACAUUAGGGAUGCUAAUGUUAGCCACUUUGCUAAACAAACUAGUUCCUAUAACAGAAGUGAUAGCAGUGUAGAUUACUGCAGAACAGAUUCAAGGGUGAGUGAUAGUUAUUUAGGAAGGGAGGAAGAUUAUGGGUCCAGCAGUGGCUCAGGUGAGGAUCAGCUUCAACCAGCAGAGAUGGAGCAGGGAACCUGGCUCAAUUUCUCUCCCAUAAGUCAAACUGGGGAUGGUAGGUGGAGAGGAGGAUCAGACACCCACACUUUGGCUUCCGGGUGCUUUCCACAGAGAUCGCCUAUAAACCUCAACAGUGGGACAUACACUCAGAAACUGGACUCCUUCUCUGAAGCUUUUCUGCAGAAGAGAAGAUUCCCUGUGAUUCCUAAUAUGGAUUCUUCUGGACACUUGUGUGAAUUUGGAGUUGGGAAAGGAGAGAGCCCUGGACUGAUCAAGUCAAGGCACAGCUGUGCUUUUGAUACAGACCCCUACUUGCAACCCUCUUCCACCUCACCCAUUCACCCCUCUUUCCCCUCUCCUCCCACAUCGUCUCAUCUUGUGUGUUCAGUUCUUAGUCCCCCACCCACACCUUUACCUCCUCCUUCCCAUUCUCCAUCCAAAAUGGACUCUCCCGGUGCGUUCGGAGGAACUGCACAUUCAGGCUCACAGGGGGGAGAGACACAUGGUGGGCUCCAGUUUUUCGCUUCCAGCCUUCAGCCACCUGUCCACUCUUCCAGGAUGAUAUGGAAGUUUCCACUGCUGUCACAUUGCUUUUCACAAACAUCAGAUGACCCCAGCAGCAUCGAGGACAACCUAAGAUCAUCCCAUGGUAGUGACUAUGGCAACACCACAGCCUCGCAUGAUAUCCUUCAGUCUCCCGAUACAGCAUUCCUCACUUCCUCAUCCCACAAGUCAUCUCUCCAACCAUCCAGAGCACUCUGUCCUUCCAACACUCCAUUCCUUCAUCCCUCCUUCCAGCUUCCCUCUCGCCCAUGUCACCUUUCAGGCCAACAUAAUGAGGCGGCACAAAAUAACACUCCUUAUAUGGCGACCCAGAAAACAAAGAAUGGACCAGUCAGUCUCAACCAGUCACAGCUGCAGCCACAAUCUUCUUCAGCCUAUACUGGAACUCCAUUUCCCAGUAUCCUUUACUCUAGCAGGGGUCACAGGAGGAGUCACUACACUCCUCGCCCUCUCCUCAAUCCAGUCCGCAGGGGGACGGGGCUCUACUCCUCCCUGUUAUCGCUCCAUCACAGAGAGGAAGAGAAAGCUUGUGUAAAAGAGGAAGAGGAGUGUAGUGUGUUACCGCGGGUCAACGUGGGUCAUGAUUUCCAGGCAGAGCUUCCUCCGUGCUUUGUGGAAGGACAGCGGUCAAGGGUGUGGACACCAAAAGAUGAAUCGUCAAGGGAACAGUUGCUGUGGAAACCAUCAAACGAGCUGGAAGAAAGCACCAAUUUACAAGACCAAGUGGGGAAGCUGUUGUCGAUGUGUAGUUCCAGCUGCUUACCAGGAGGGGGCAGUAACAUGGAGCUGGCUCUGCACUGUCUGCACUACUGCCAGGGAAACACAAUGACCACACUGGAGAUGCUGCUGUUCUCACAGCCUUCACCAACAGGAGACUACCACUACUCUGGUAGUGAUCUUUGGACGGACAAUGAAAAAAAUAUCUUCAAUGCAGCUCUGGUGACUAAUGGAAAAGACUUCUCAGUCAUACAGAAAAUGGUGAAGACUAAGACCGUGAGCCAGUGUGUUGAGUUUUACUACCUAAGCAAGAGGCUCCUCGACAAGCAGGCCAAACAGAAGGAGGAGGAGAGCAGAGUUAGAGAGACGGAGCAGCAGGAAAGUGCGACACCCAUCUGUCAGCCAGUGGACAGGCAGUUCGGACGAGAGGAGGCGGUUCCUGUUCCCUCAUUGGCCAGCUUCUUCCCCUGCAAACUGUGCGGCAAAAUGUUCUACAAAAUUAAAUCCCGCAACGCUCACAUGAAAAUCCACCGCCAGCCUCAGGAGGAUUGGACCGAUAGGCGGCUGCAGCACCAGCUCCUCACUCAGCGUCUGGCCCUCGGUCAUGCCACCAACCUCAUGCCCACACCAGGCAGUAAUCUGCUGCCACCUCAGAGUCCAGCUAUGACCUUUCCCUCCUCUGGCCUCCCUGGAACUUCAAACAGUAACAGCAACGCAGACAAUGUCCUCAGCACUGUAACCAGUAGCAACGCCAUCACUCCCAGCAAUUCCAGUGUCCUAGAUCCAAGCACGGCUGUAAUAUACAGCAACAUCGGCGCCCCAAACUCUCAUGUAAUGCCCAGCAUUGAUGCCGGUGACUCAAAUCACAGAGAGCCCACCACUGUGUUACCCUUCCAUCAGUCAUGGGGCUCAUUUGGACACAGCCCCGACCCUGCUGCAUUCUACUGCAACCCAGAGGGGAAGGAAGCUGCAGGAGCCGAGCCAGGAGGGGUGAAAGAGCCAAUCAAUUGGCAGUAGUGUUUAACUCUCCCAAAAGCAUUACUACCACUGAGGUCUGAGACUCUUCAAUGUUUAUUGAACCUUUAAUUCAAACUCAUUUUUAAUUCAAACUUCAGUACAGGAUAGUCUCCAGGUAUUUUUUUGCAAAUGUUUAUUUUUUUAAUGCAUCUCUUUGUAG